CGGGCUUUCAGUGCGUUUAUUUUGACUUUCAACGUAACGUCGUACGGUCUGUUUUCUCAAGCUUCUCUACAGUUUAGUAGAAGGAGUUUGUGGACUUCUGCCUUCUCAAAACUACUUUUCAAAUCCUUUGUGUUUGGACGUUCUCCAAACCACUGUUGCGUGGCUUCCUAUCGUACAGGUUUUAAAAUGGAUGCUGUUGUGCUACCACAACCUAACGGAGACAUUCUAAGCAGUCCUGAAAAUGGAAUCUCAGGAGAGGCUGUCAAGAAGCGGUUGUCAGUUGAACGGAUUUAUCAGAAGAAAACCCAAUUAGAACACAUACUUCUGCGGCCUGAUUCCUAUAUCGGUUCCACAUUGAAAGACACUCAGCAAAUGUGGGUCUUGGAUGAGAGUCAGCAACAUAUGGUCAGUCGAGAUAUCACAUUUUCUCCUGGUCUCUAUAAGAUUUUUGAUGAAAUCCUGGUAAAUGCUGCCGACAACAAAGUUAGAGAUCCUACCAUGUCAUGUAUAAAAAUCGACAUUAAUCCUGCUGAGAAUAUGGUCCGCAUCUGGAAUGAUGGCAAAGGAAUCCCAGUUGUUCACCACAAAGUUGAAAAUACCUACGUCCCUACUCUGAUAUUCGGCCACCUACUCACUUCAAGCAAUUAUGAUGAUACUGAACGGAAAGUGACAGGUGGAAGGAAUGGUUAUGGCGCCAAGUUAUGCAAUAUCUUUAGCAAGAAGUUCAUUGUAGAAACAUCCUCUAAAGAAUACAAAAAGAGUUUCCGGCAGGUAUGGGUCGAAAAUAUGACAAAGACAACUGACCCGAAAAUUUUGGCGGAUAAAGGAGAUGAUUUUACUUGCAUUACAUUCUAUCCCGAUCUUGCACGUUUCGGUAUGAACGAGCUGGAACAAGAUACGGUAUCUCUUUUUACUCGUCGCGCAUAUGACAUGGCUGCAACCUGUAAUGGAGUUAAAGUUUUCCUUAAUGGCAAAAGAUUACCCAUAAAGAGUUUUAUGGACUACGUAAACCUUUUUAUCAAACCCAACAAAGAUGACGGAGACAGUGUUAAGGUUGUAUAUGAAGCAGUCAACCCGCGUUGGCAGGUAGCAGUAGCAGUUAGCAAUACGGGCUUUCAACAAGUCAGUUUUGUUAACAGUAUUGCAACUACUAAAGGCGGAACACAUAUUAAUUAUGUGAGUGAUCAAAUUGUAAACAAGUUAAUGGAAAUCGUCAAAAAAAAAUCCGGAAAAUCUGGUGUCCAAAUCAAACCUUUUCAAAUAAAGAAUCAUAUGUGGUUGUUUGUCAACUGUCUCAUAGAAAACCCCACAUUUGAUUCCCAAACAAAGGAGAAUAUGACUCUGCAGACAAAAAGUUUCGGGUCUACGUGUACUCUAAGUGAGAAGUUUAUUGGACAGGCCUCAAAAUCGGGUAUAGUUGAAAAUGUACUGUCUUGGAUUCGUUUUAAAGCAAUGGAAAAAAUGGACAAGCAAUGUCACAAAUCCAAACAUUCUAAGCUCAAAGGAAUACCUAAAUUAGAUGAUGCAAAUAAUGCAGGGACUAAAAAUUCUUCUCAAUGCACUCUUAUUUUAACAGAGGGUGACUCAGCCAAAACUUUAGCUGUGGCUGGUCUUGGAGUUGUCGGUAGAGACAAUUAUGGUGUCUUUCCAUUGAGAGGCAAACUACUAAAUGUUCGUGAAGCAUCUAACAAACAAAUUAUGGAAAAUGCAGAAAUAAACGCACUGAUUAAAAUUCUUGGACUCCAAUACAAACUGAAAUAUGAGUCGGUGGAUACGCUGAAAGAUUUACGCUACGGCAAGAUUAUGAUUAUGACUGAUCAGGAUCAGGAUGGUUCUCAUAUUAAGGGUUUAAUAAUAAAUUUUGUUCAUUGUAACUGGCCAAAUUUGCUAAAGCAUAACGUAGUAGAGGAAUUCAUUACUCCAAUUGUAAAAGUGUUUAAAGGGAAACAAGAAUAUUCUUUCUACAGCUUACCAGAAUUUGAGGAGUGGCAAAAAUCAACUCCAAACUGGCAUACUUGGCGUGUAAAAUACUACAAAGGUUUGGGUACUUCAACAAGCAAGGAAGCUAAGGAAUACUUUUCUGACAUGAAUCGUCAUCGGAUUCGAUUUCGCUACAGUGGGACUGAAGAUGAUGGGAGCAUUCAAUUGGCUUUCGACAAAAGUAAGAUAGCUGAUCGUAAAAACUGGUUGACCAACUUUACACAAGAACGUAAACGUCGACGUGAAUUAGGUCUCCCGGAGCCUUACUUGUAUGGGAAAGAUACUCGAGCAAUAACUUAUCACGAUUUUGUUCACAAAGAGCUAGUGUUGUUUUCGAAUUUGGACAACGAACGGAGUAUCCCAUCUGUUGUAGACGGGCUGAAACCUGGACAAAGAAAGGUACUGUUCACCUGUUUAAAAAGAAAUCUUAUUAGAGAAAUUAAAGUUGCUCAGCUCGCUGGUUCUGUUGCUGAACUGUCGGCUUAUCAUCAUGGUGAACAAUCCCUGAUGAGCACUAUUAUUGGUUUAGCUCAAAACUUUGUCGGAUCAAAUAAUUUAAAUUUGCUUCAACCAAUUGGUCAGUUUGGUACGCGACUUAGUGGAGGUAAAGAUGCUGCAUCUCCUCGUUAUAUAUUCACUGCAUUGAACUCACUUACACGACUUAUUUUCCAUUUGGAGGAUGAUCCUCUGUUAAAUUAUCUAUACGAUGAUAAUCAACGUAUUGAACCAGAAUGGUAUGCUCCAAUAAUUCCUAUGGUCCUUGUCAAUGGAGCAGAUGGUAUCGGAACUGGCUAUGCAACACAUAUUCUCAACUAUAAUGUUAUAGAGAUAAUAAACAACCUUUAUCGUAUGUUAGAUGGUGAAGAACCGCAUCGUAUGUUGCCUAACUUCCGUGGCUUUACUGGUACCAUUGAGGAUUUGGGUAAUAAUCGUUAUGUUUGCUAUGGAGAAGUUGCUGUUCUAGAUGAUGAUACUUUGGAGAUUACUGAACUUCCUAUCCGGGUCUGGACACAGAAUUACAAAGAAUCGGUUUUAGAACCUAUGUUGAAUGGUUCAGAAAAGGUCCCUGCUUGUAUCACAGAUUACAAAGAAUAUCAUACAGAUGUCACUGUGCGGUUCGUUGUUAAGAUGUCUCCUGAAAAAUUGCGGGAAGCCGAAUCUACUGGACUUCAUAAAUUCUUCAAACUUCAAACAGUCAUGAGUACCGGUUCGAUGGUUUGCUUCGAUCCUUUAGGUUGUUUAAAGUGUUAUCCCAACGAGAUGGUUAUUAUCCGCGAAUUCUACGAAUUACGUCUUACAUGGUAUGAAAAACGGAAGGUCUACUUAGAAGGUGUAUUGUCUGCAGAGGCUCGGAAACUAGAAAAUCAAGCCAGGUUCGUCCUUGAGAAAAUUCAGUCUAUUAUGGUGAUCGAAAAUAAACCAAAGAAAGAAUUGAUUCGUAUGCUUAAGGAAGCCAAUUAUGAUUCAGAUCCUGUUAAGGCAUGGAAAGAAAGCAUAGAUAAAGCAGCUGCUGUGCAGGAACAGGAAGAAUCUCGUACAGAUGAAGGUGCCCCUCAAACUGAAGCGGUUGAAGCAGGUCAACCUGACUACAAUUAUAUUUUAAAUAUGCCUUUAUGGAGUUUGACGAAAGAGCGUAAAGAUGACUUACUUGCUCAAAGAGAUGCUAAGCAAAAAGAAUUACUCAUUCUAAAAAGUAAAUCUCCUUCCGAUUUGUGGCGUGAAGAUCUUAAGAAAUUAGAGGAGGAGUAUAAGAAAGUAGAAGCGGAGUUGGCCGCUGAUGAACAGGCUGCAAUUGAAGCAGUUGAAAAAAAAUUAAAAAUAGCAUCGACUACGACAGCUGGUCGUGUUGCUGCUACAAAAUCACGUAAAUUAGCAAUGGAAACAAGACCAGAUCCAAUGGGCAGACGAAUUGUUCCGACAGUAGAUGCUGAUAUGAUGAAGAAGGUGGAGGGAAAUAAGAAGAAACGAAAUAAAACAGAAAACGAUCUAAAUGAAGGUAACGAGUUGGAUAAUAGUUUCGAAGCGAAUGAUGAAGAAAACGAUGGAAAUGAUGAACCUAAACCGCUUGCUCAGCGUCUUGGUGCUUCUGAAAAAACAGAUGUACAGAAGACAGCUACUACACGUGGACGUGGUAAAGGAAGAACUGUCCCAACAAGUCGUCCAAAGCUUCUGAAACCAUCCAGUCCAAAUAUUAGUCCUAUUAAACGUAGAAAUGUGGGUGGAAAUGCCAAGCGUAAACGGUCUAGUCGUAUGCCAUGGGAGUCUGGCUCUGACACCGGAGACUCAGAAAGUCAAGUCUCUAUUGAUAGUGAUAAUGAUCAUAUUUCCCCAAUUUCCGGUUAGUGUUCUUUUAUCUUUCCAAGCUGUAUAUUAAUCUGAUUUUCGAUGGUUUGUUGGUUGUUAUUAUUUACUUUGUUGAAUGUAAAUUAUAGUUUUUGAUAAGGGGUUCCCUGAACUGAAUGAUUUAAUUGCGAAGCUUCAUUUGUCAUUCUAGAUAGCAACAUUGUCACUGUUCAUUUCCAUAAAUCUAACCACACCAUGUCAACUUUAUAUAACAAGUUAAUAAAGUGUAUCUUUUUCACUGCAUUCACAUCUGUUCAACUUUAAUCACUGUCUACUAUUCCAUUACAUUUAUUAUUAAUAUCUAUAAACCUACAUUAGCCAGUUUUUUCGUCAAAAAUAAUAUUUUGAAAGGUUUUAUUUAUGGAUUUACAAAUUUUUAGGCAUUAAUAAUUUAUUUCGAUGGAAUAUAAGUUGGGGAGCUUGGAUUUACUGUCAAGUUUCGCUAUAAUAUUUAUUGUAUCAGUGGGUCGAAAGUAGAUUACAUUCUCUAUCAUAGUAUAAUUACUAAAUUAUCUCAAAAUUGUAAAUAUUAUGAUGUGAAACUUUCUUUUGACAACUAACUCGUGGUAUGAAGUACUAGUAACUAAUAUAUGGAGCCAUAUUCAUUAAUUUUCACCCCAUUUUCAACUCGGUCAUAUUUUCUUCUGUUUCCUGGCCGACCACUUUUGGUCGAGUCAGAGUUUGUGGAAUUGGUUACUGUAAAUGGUGUUCGUCAGGGUUGUCUGCUUUCUUCAUUUUUAUAUAGAUUUAUCCUAGUCAUGGUUUUAUAGAUAACUCUCUCAUCGUCUGACUUUCCAGGAGUUUAUUUUCUACCAUGAGAUUCACUUGUUGACUUAAAACACGGAGUUGAUAUAAUUCUGUUUGGUGAAGACGCUGACAAAAUACAGUCUUCCGACCAACUUAAGCAAGAAUACAAGCAUGUUUGGGAUGCGGUUCUCUCCCUCCAAAUGUAAAAUUUUACUUCGGGAUUGGCUUGCGUCACCGCCUGAAUUAAUGAUAGGCAGUGAAGUAGUUGAACGCAUCGACUGCUUCACUUAUCAGUCCUAAUGGUCUGGUGUCUGACGAAAUCCCAGCACGCAUUUAGAAGGCUCGAUUGGCAUUUGCCAACUCGCAUCACUAAUGACGUAUGUGGGAUAUUCGUCUUCCAACUAAAAGGUGAGUUUAUUGUGCAGCAGUUCUCUCCGUUCUACUUUAUGCAUUUCAAACAUGAGCAUUGUAAGAGUAUAGGAUGUUUGUUAGUUACUGGUCUUCGAUUAUAGGUAUCUAAGAAGCAUUGCUUGUGAAUUUUGGAACCACGGAGUAAGCAGUGCAUGGGCUAGAAAUCGGGUUCUAGAUGUUAACAGGAAAUAGAUUGAUGAGGUGGUAAAUCUUUGUCAACUGAGGCGGUUCGGACAUGUCUUACGUACACGCAACUGCCACCAUGAAGUCACUGACAGUUGGACUUAGCCAUGUUAGUAGGUACGAAAUACCUGUUUGGGGUCCUCGUGAUUAUCUUAACCACUGGUUAAAGACGUUGAAUGACACGGCUCAAAAUCGUUUGCAAUGACUCAUGUGCAUCCAUUCUUUGUCUUCCAAAUUUUAGAUUUCUCCCAACUAUUUUUUGUUUUUAUUUCUCUAAUUUAUAUUUUCUUUUCGAGUCGUAUCUUCGAUGCCUGAUCUUUCUUAUUACCACUAAUACUGUUUCUACCUCUUUUAUCCUAGGGUUUGGCCUGACAACUUCAUCUCUCUGUACUAAUGUAAUGUGGCAACUUGAGCCGAUGUACAUAUGUACAGUUUCUACAUUGUGACUGAUUGAUACUUCUGUUUAAGCAACAGGAUAGAUGUUGCUCAGAACGUAGUGAAUAUCCAUUACCUUAUUUUAUAGAUUUUCUUGUAAUCUCAAUUACACCCGCUAAUUCUCAAUGUGUUGGCAUGCGAGUUUGUAGCAUUUCUGGACAAUUUACGAAAUAAUGAUAUGCAUCAAUGACUGCAAAUCGACACAAUCAACCAUACAUUUAUCCAUCUGAGUCAUUGAUGAGUUUAUUUGUAUUGCAGUUAAUAACGUCUUAAGAUACUAAAAGUCGUCUUCUGAUGAAAGUUGAUUAUUUCGAACUAACUAGAUCGUAAUAAAUAAUUAGUUUGUUACGCCAAACAUUCGCUUCAUUUUCAUAACUUAAAUUACUAUUUGAGGCGUGUUAAUUUGAAUGGUUACUGAGCUGACCUCAAUAUUUUCAACACAAUGUACUAUGGAGCAUUUUAUAAUUUGUAUCAAAGUACUAAAUUUCUGAAGUUUGAGAUCUGUCAUUUCCUUUCAAUGGUACAUACUUAUAUAUCUGCCCUUAGUUGUUGUUUGCUACUCUAUCACAAGGCUAAAGUUGUAAUUUAUAUGUAAGUUCAUUAUAGUGUCUGUAUAUUUAUGUAAGUUGUGAUUUACACUUAUUUCUUCAGUGUAAAAGCUUAUGUACUGUAGUCAACGUACAUUAUUGAUAAUUAUUUUUGUUACUAUUUAACAUCAUUCGUGUUUAACUACUUCACUCUUCAAUCAUGUAGGUGGACCUGCUGUCGAUCGUGUACGACGUGAAAAAGCUGCAGCAACAAAAUAUGUUUUCGAUAACGACAGUAGUAGUAAUGAAGAAGAUAAUGAACAAGAGGAGAAUUUUCAAGUUGUUGAUCAUGGACAAGGAAAUAAAGAGAUUGAUAUACCGAUUGUCUCAGAAAUUCCAGACACUAAGUCAUCAUCAAUCCCAUCAAGUAGCCAUGGUGGUGGUGCAUCUGUAAAGGCUGAUUCUGGGUCAACAUCUCGUGGUGCUCCUGGUAUUGCAUCAGGUCGUGGACGUGGUCGUGGUGGUAAAGGACGGCAGUUUUCAGCUCCACCUAAAUCACAACCUAGUAUCAAAUCAAUGUUUCCUCCUACUCAGAAGAAAACCACAAUAAAUAUUUCAACAGACGAUGAUUCUAAUGAUGCCGCAAGUAUAACUACUUCUCAAAAAGAGCCUAGGGUAAAUUCUCGACGUACUGUAACAAAUCGUGCCCGAUACGUAUUUGAUGAUGAAGAUGACGAUCUAGAUAUUGAUUCAGAUGACAGUGGUGCCAAAAAACAAUCCAAAGGUGGUUCACGUAAACGUCAGAAAAACGAUGAUGAUAGCGAUUUUGAACCCGAAAAGGUUAAGAAGGGCAAGUAAGUAAGAUUGGUCAGACUAAUAGUUUCCGUUGACAAUAAUAAUAAUCUGUUCAAAGAAAUUUCAAGUAUUCACAGAUCGGUUUUCUCAUAUAUCUGAAAUCCAUAAUUAAGGACGAUCAACAGCAUUCACUGAAAUCCAAAACUUUAAAAUUGACACAAACAUUUUCAUUUUUCAUCAUAUAAACGAUUAGUGUAAUUUACUUUUUCAUUAUGUACACCUAAUAUACACACAUUAACACUGUUUUUCUAAACUUGUUUAUAUAAAAUUGAUGCAUGUGAAUUAGCGAACAAUAGUGUUUAACUUCUACAUCUUGAGAUAAUAAAUUUAUCUUUGCAGAAAUUAAUGGAUUUGGAAAAAUUACUGAUAUUACUUAUAAAGGCCAGCAUGUUUUCAUCUUUCUCUUCAAUCUAAAAUCUAUCAGUAAACACUUGUUUCUCAUUGUUUAAGUCACGGACUAGUCUUAGUUAGACCAUCGUUGAAAAUCAGGGAAGCACUGAGUAGCUGUUUCAUUCUAGUAUGGGAUUGCUCAACAAUGAGCAUCUACAAACCCCUUCAGAGAAUUGAACGCAGGACCUUCGGUCACAUGCAUGAACGUUUGAUCUAUGAAAAGUCAACGAUCUAUAUAAAUCACUUACAGUAACACUAACUUUAUCCUCACAAGAUAGAAUUGCUGAAUUAUUAGUGAAAUGCCUUGACCAGUGGAGCUAAACCACGUUGGCUGUCAGACUGUUGUCUUCCCCAGACGAUUUAUAAUGGUUUUUCAGUAUCGUAAAUUGAUUUAGGUUAGGCGUAUGCACCCCUGGAUGCUAAUUCAGUGGUCUAGAUACUGAGUGUUCGGAUUCAAGAUCGAAGAUCCUAAGUUCUAUUGAUUGUAGUGGGGUCGUGAAUACUGGGAGGCUUUGCAUUAAAACCAAACAUCUGUAUAAUGCUUCCAACUUUCCAAUUGUAGUCUAUCUAAGAUCAGUACAUGACUAAAACUAUGAAGAUCCUACAAUUUUUAAAAAUCCCUGUACAAAUAUUUGUUUAUUAAUAGGUAAAAUCACCGUCUAGAAGUGUGUGUUUCAUUCUUCCUGCACUGAUCUUAGCUAUAGAUUAUUUUUCUAGCGGAUUUUGUGUAUUAUUUAUGAUAUUGAAUAUUGUUCAUUUUUGUUUUCAUUUUGGUCCGCAUGUUUUAGGUCAAAGAAGGGAGCUCUAGAUGACUCAGAUUUCGAAUUCUCCGACUAGACACUUGUACAGAAAUCCUUUUUGUUUGAACCAUUUUUUGUUAAACAACUGUUAUUUCUCUUUUAUAAGGUUGCAUUGUAUUUAUUACAUAUUCCUCCCCGUUUUUUUUUAUUGGACAUUUUCGGCCUAGAAAUUUAUCACAUAUACUCAUAUACAUAUAUGUUUCUAUAAUGUCCAUUACCAUAUUGUAUUAAAGUUCAUUUUGGUUUAUACUAAUAACUGUUACAGAAAUGGAUAUACUACUUAUGAUAAAAUGUUAACAGUUUAGUAUGUUACUUGUUUUUGUGGUUUAUAUUCUACGUUAUUUCUCUUAUUGCAUUUUUCAUAAUUAUAUUAAAACAUUUUCUGUUUUUACUGCACUAAAUAAUUUUAAAAAAAUAGUUUUUUGUUAAAUAGGUCCCAGUUUGGGUUUUUGUCGAUAUUUCUAAGUGUACCUUGUUAUGUUAAAAAAUUUUUAUUCUCAUUAUUUUAUGUGAGGCAUACGAUAAUAAUGAAUCGUUUCGUUGUGCGGUAAUAUCUUCAUACUAAACAAUUUCCACUAAUUGAAAUCUAAUAGUUUCAUGAAUCUAAGUUUA